AUGCCUGUAAGUAAUAACGGGGAUAAAAGAUCUGUCAUAUGCACUUUACCACUGGAAGUUGUUUCGUACAUAUUUAGAUUUCUACCUACAUCAGACGUGAAGUGUGCAUCAUUUGUUUGCUAUGCAUGGUCUCGUGCAGCUGAAGACCCCAUUCUAUGGAGAGAGGUGUUCAUUAGUCUUGGUACAAGAAGCGAACGGUUCUCUUAUUUUCUUGUUGACAGCCUUGAGCGACGGUGCAUCCAGCACUUGAGAGUUAAACACAUGUCAACUGCAGCUCAAAUUAUUCAGGUGUGCAAACAGCUUGGAUCAAACCUCAAAACAUUGUCCCUUCAGGGUUGCAGAUGCGUUAAUGACGCCUUGCUUGAAGUACUGAGCAAGUAUUGUCCAAACUUGAUGCAUCUGGAUGUAAGCCGCUGCAGAAAACUUGACGUUGUCAAGGAAGCCACUUGGCUCCACAAGUGCAGUGCCGCCAACUGGAAGAAACUCAGCGUCCUAGAUUUAAAUGGUUGUAAGGAAAUGUCUGAUAUGCUUGUGUCAAAAAUAGCCGAUACAUUGCCACUGAUAGUGGAUUUGAGCAUCUCCGGGUGCAAAAGUGUAAACAUAUCAACAUGGCAGAAGUUGGCAAAAAAGGUAUCAACACUGAAAUACCUAGACAUCAGCCGAUCUGACAUGACAGAUGAAACAAUGCUGGAAUUUUCUCAGAUUGCUGACUUAAAACUUAGAGAGAUAAAUUUAACUGCUUGUAAAUAUCUGACAGAUAAUGGAGUAGUAUCUCUUGUCAAAUAUCAAACUUCACUUGAAGUUAUCAAAUUAGCCUGUGUGCAUAUUACAAACACAACACUUGCAGCUAUUGGUAAAUAUUUGCAGCAGUUAAGAGGGCUGGAUCUAAAUAGCUGCAGACAACUUACAGAUGGAGCAUUGUCAAGUGUUAAGAGACUCUUACUUAAUUUAGAGUCAUUGAACUUAUAUUCCUGCUAUCAGCUGUCAAAUAGUGGUCUUACUCAGUUCCUCUGCUGGACGCAGGUAAGUGUUCCUUUAAGACAAAGCCUAGAAUUCCAACAUGCAACAUAUCCUUGAAACAGCCACAUAGGACAGCAGAGAUGCCAAACUCUACUUGGCCAAGGAGGACAAGUGUAAGUGUAGUAGUAGCAAACUGAUGGGAGCAUGACUUCCUCCUCAAAAUGUGAAACAAAAUGUUUUGAAAUUCAGACUAGGGAUAGCCUGAAUUUCAUCCGAUUACUUCAAGUCAUUAUUACUCAGCAGAGAGGAGAAAACGACUUGAAGCAAUGGGAUGAAUUUCAGGCUAGACUAGGGACUCUCCCCCACGUUCUGUAAAAGGGCCUCACAUAAUGGAAGAGAUCACCUACUGGGCCUCAUCAGUGCUGUUGUUUCAGAACCUAACAAUCAAGAUUAAAAAUUUUUGUUUCCAACAAAAAAAUGUGAUAAAGAUGAACAACAUGAUUAAACAAGAUGAAUUUCCUUGAUAUUUUAACAAGUUCUCUCCAUUACUUUUAUAGGGGGCAAUGGAAUCUUAUUAAACCCUAGAACUUAACUUCAGUGCAGGUAUCAAUGUUUGGACGGAGAGGGGGUAUUGGGCAAAUGUAAAUGUAAAUGUCGCGAUUGAGAGGACAAACAUACACGUCCUCUUUACAUAGCUUUUUUGCAGUGGGCUCGGACAUCAGCAUACUAAGGGCGCCGAUGGCAGCCGCUAUCAGUGCAUUUAUGAGCCCACUGAACCCUCCCAACCCAUGAUGAGUGAUGAUGUAAGUGAUGAAGAUAGACCACAACACCGGGUACUACAACCCCUACUCUUUUCGAAUAGUGUGUGGGUUCUUUAACGUCCCACAGAGUUAUAUGUGAACAAGGUUUGUGAGACGGGACCUCCGGUUUAUCGUCCUUAUCCUAGAAGACUUGAAAGUCUAAUCAUUUGCAGAUGUCAUUACAAAGACAGCACUUUCUCCUCAGUUAUUUUUAAGACCCUGAGUGUUGGUCCGAUUCGCGACCUCCCCGCUUGAAACCGGGCGGCCAAAGGUGCAACAUUUAAAUUUUUUUAGCCCUUUUCCAGUGAAAUUCCAUGCCCUUGGGACUAGAAAAUUGUUCAAGUCUGACCAAAUAUCCCUUACUGUGAGCAACAACACCACAGUUUGGGGAAAAAUUUGUGGUCAAAAUCCCCAGAGAGGGUACAAAAACAGUUUUCAAAUGCCACACAUAUACCUGUACCCCCCUUCCUCUUCAUCAAAAGAUUGACACCUGCAUAAGAAUUAUUUAACUAUAAGAUAGCAAUCAUUGCUCUCAAAAUUGAUGUGGCAGACAGAGUAAUAGAUGGCAUUUUUCUUAUCACCAUUCGCUUCUUUUAAAUAAAAUUUAUUUUAUCUGCCAGUAACACUCAUUAUUCAAUGUUACUGUAUCUCCCAUGUUUGAUUGUGUAUCUCAGUUAUGUUUAUUUAAAAAUGUUGUUAUUUACAGGGAACAACUCAUGACAUCCCACUGAAAGUUCUUGUGCUUAAUGGCUGCAGCUCCUUAUCUGAUGAACUGGUAUCACGAUUCUCAGAGAUUCUUUGCCAUCUUCAAGAGCUUGAUCUCAGUUCCUGCCUUCAUGUAACAGACAUUGAACUGUCUGCUAUAACAUGCUCUUUAAUAAACUUGCAAUUGCUGAGACUCAGUUGGUGUAUUAAUAUCACAGAUAAUGGCUUGAAUGGAAUCAGUCAGUCAAGAGAAAAACUUUUGCCAGUCAGCCCUCAGAAGAAGACAAUUUCACAUAAAGUAGAUGGAAAACAGGAGAGAACCACUAGCAGUAAACAGGUGACAUUUAUAAUUCGUACAGCAAAAAAUAUAUGAUUAAUUUCAAUUUCUGUUGUCUUGAGGUUGAAUAAGUAAGACGCAAAGAAGGUGAAUCCACCAAGCUACAAGUAAAAUAAUCAUUGUAUGCUUACUUAAGGCAGCAGGAGCCUGUGCAGGAUACCCAGUGGCUAAAUACACAGGGCCCCAAAGGGACCAUUUUUUAAAACUUGAUUUAGUCUCUCCAUGAUCAUGCAUGUUUGCAAACUAUCAGUUCUAUUAUUUAUUAUCUAUUCUUUUUGCAAGAGAUGUCACUUUAAGGCUUGCCUAAAGAUAAAGUUAAUAAUGUUGGCAUGGAUAUGGCGAUACCACCUACAGAUGUAAUACCCAGUAACAUCACGUACAACGUAUUGAAAGUUGAUUAACUGUUUCAUUACAGAUUGCACAUGGAAUUCCCAACUUGAAAAGGCUGAAAAGUUUGGACAUCAGUCACUGUACAUGCAUCACAGAUGAAGGACUCAAAAGUGUUUGCAAGUUGAAAAACCUCACAUCCCUAAAUAUCAACAUGUGCACACAGGUCUGUAUUACAAAGAAAUAGUAAAAAUUGGUAUAGUUUAAUUUAGUUAAGAUCUACUGAAACUACUGUGUUGAGUGUGCUCAGAUACAGGUACUUCUGAUGAGUUCACUUAUCAUCCAUCCCUGAUAGUGAAUGACCUGCAUCUCCCUAUGGACUAGUUUCACAUUUUAACCCCAGGGGGCGGGGACUCUGCAUAUGAAAGGGGUGGGGAUGCUCGUCGGAAAUUUUGAAUUAAACCCCUAAAGGAGACCGAUCUGGGCAUGGCCCAAGCUUUUUUUGUUCCCUAAAAGAGACCAUGUUAAAACACAGACAAAUGAGAAAACUUGGAUUAUCUGAAUGAAGUAAAUAGAACGAAUUAAAAAUAUACAUAUCAAAUAUAUAUUUUUAUACUUUUUCACGUGCAACCCUAAACGAGACCUUCACGGCUAAAUGUGAUGGCGUUUUGCCCAGAACACCCUAAAUGAGACCAAAAUCCGAAAUUUACACCCCUAAGCGAGACGACGAGCACCCCAACCCUUUUCAUAUGCGGAGUUCUCCCCCCGGGAUUUCAAGUAACUGAUUAAUGUCUAUUCACAUUGUUGCUGGGCAGAGGUUGCGUGAAGCCUGCACUGACAUCAGAUUUAUGUCAGAUGUUACUGCUGGCACCUGGCAUUAAAGUAACAACACGGGCUUAGCUACCAGCUGUAGUAUGCAGACAAAAAAAUACUCAAGGGAUAGCUGAAAAACAGGUUCUCUAAUUUCUUUUGUUGAAGAUAACUGACAGUGGGCUGACCAAUGUGGCAGAAAGGCUUCACACGCUAAAACAGUUUUCAUUCAGUGGAUGUGCCUUAAUAACAGACACUGGUAUGUCAUCAGUGGCACUCCACCUUCAGAGGCUGGCGUCACUUGACGCAUCAAAGUGUGAUAGCAUCACGGAUAAGAGCAUCCUUGAGGUGGCAAAGUAUUGUCAUAAUCUGACACACCUUGAUCUGAGUAUGUGCAGCCAGAUUACAACAAAUGCUGUGGAUCAGUUGGAAAUUAAUAUUCCAGGCCUUGCUUCAUUACAGCUGCGAUACUCUGGAGCUUGCUUAUCUACCAAGAUGUAUUCUGCUGUAUAGAAGUCAAAAGACAAAAACUGAUGGGAUAUUAUAAUAAUUAGUCAAGAGGAAUACAGUGUAUGUAGGAAGGACAUAUUAAACUGUAAAUUACCAGUAGUGAAGCAGAGGAUUGUUUCGUUGUUUUAGAAAUAAUCUUACUUUAAUUAUUCACAAUCUUCAAAAACCUGAAAGUUAGUGUCAGUAAUCUAAGGGACCAGCGUUCAUACAAAAAAUUGCAACCACUUUUAUGGACUUUUGAAGGACUUUUAAAGGAGCACAUUUGAUUUUUAAUGACCACCUACCAGGAAUGUUAUUUCAUAGAUUGUACAAAAAUGCACAUUCCCAGUCCAUUCUAACGGGACUUUCAAGGCUUGGACUGUUUAAAGCUCAACC